AUGGCAACGACAACAGAGCCUGGCGCGAGGAGGCAAACCGCUCUCAUCGCAGCCGCCGCCGCUGAUAAGCAACCCGGCGAGAUAUUCCUGGCAGAGGCGAACUGCGGGUUGACAGUCGAGGCUGCGCUGCGGAUGCUGAGAUUGCUCCCAGCUGGAUUGGACUUUAUAUUGGAAAGCCCGUGCGCAACGUGGCGUGAGACGGUGUCGUUGCGACGCAGGACUGAUCUUCCAAUUUUGGUCGACGAAAUCGCAACAAAUAUUGCCUCGGUCAUCCAGCUUGUUGCCGAUGAUGUGGCCGACAGCGUCAAUCUUGAAAUAUCCAAAGUCGGUGGACUGACAAAGGGUCGUCACGUACGAGACAUUUGUUUGGGUGCGGGAUACACAAUCACUGUGCAAGACUCUUGGGGCUCUGAUAUUGCGUUUGCUGCUAUUGUUCACCUCGCUCAGACAAUUUCCAAGCGGUACCUGCGAUGCAUUCUGGACGUUUGUGACCAGUCUUCGCUCAGGACUGCGGACUGCGAAUAUCAUACUUCGGAUGAUGGAAGUAUUACGGCACCAAACACGCCGGGUCUGGGUGAUACACCUCGCUUAGAAGUCCUAGGAGAGCCUGUGGCUAGUUACUCCUAG